AUGAGAGAGAAGAGGGAAAGGAUGAAAGAGAAUAAAGAGGUGAGGGAAAGGAUGAGAGAGAUGAGGGAAAGGAUGAGAGAGAUGAGGGAAAGGAUGAGAGAGAUGAGGGAAAGGAUGAGAGAGAUGAGGGAAAGGAUGAGAGAAAAGAGGGAAAGGAUGAGAGAAAAGAGGGAAAGGAUGAGAGAAAAGAGGGAAAGGGAUGAGAGAGGUGAGGGAAAGGAUGAGAGAGAUGGGGGAAAGGAUGAGAGAGAUGGGGGAAAGGAUGAGAGAGAUGGGGGAAAGGAUGAGAGAGAUGAGGGAAAGGAUGAGAGAAAAGAGGGAAAGGAUGAGAGAAAAGAGGGAAGAGAUGAGGGAAAGGAUGAGAGAGAGGAGAGAGAUGAGGGAAAGGAUGAGCGAGUAGAGGGUAAGGAGGAGAGAGAUGAGGGAGAGAGGAGGGAGAGAGAUGAGGGAAAGGAUGAGCGAGUAGAGGGAAAGGAUGAGCGAGUAGAGGGAAAGGAUGAGCGAGUAGAGGGAAAGGAUGAGCGAGUAGAGGGAAAGGAUGAGCGAGUAGAGGGAAAGGAUGAGCGAGUAGAGGGAAAGGAUGAGCGAGUAGAGGGAAAGGAUGAGCGAGUAGAGGGAAAAGAUGAGCGAGUAGAGGGAAAGGAUGAGCGAGUAGAGGGAAAGGAUGAGCGAGUAGAGGGAAAGGAUGAGCGAGUAGAGGGAAAGGAUGAGCGAGUAGAGGGAAAGGAUGAGCGAGUAGAGGGAAAGGAUGAGCGAGUAGAGGGAAAGGAUGAGCGAGUAGAGGGAAAGGAUGAGCGAGUAGAGGGAAAGGAUGAGCGAGUAGAGGGAAAGGAUGAGCGAGUAGAGGGAAAAGAUGAGAGAGAUGAGGGAAAGGAUGAGCGAGUAGAGGGAAAGGAUGAGAGAGAUGAGGGAAAGGAUGAGCGAGUAGAGGGAAAGGAUGAGCGAGUAGAGGGAAAGGAUGAGCGAGUAGAGGGAAAGGAUGAGCGAGUAGAGGGAAAGGAUGAGCGAGUAGAGGGAAAGGAUGAGCGAGUAGAGGGAAAAGAUGAGAGAGAUGAGGGAAAGGAUGAGCGAGUAGAGGGAAAGGAUGAGCGAGUAGAGGGAAAGGAUGAGCGAGUAGAGGGAAAGGAUGAGCGAGUAGAGGGAAAGGAUGAGCGAGUAGAGGGAAAGGAUGAGCGAGUAGAGGGAAAAGAUGAGCGAGUAGAGGGAAAGGAUGAGCGAGUAGAGGGAAAGGAUGAGCGAGUAGAGGGAAAGGAUGAGCGAGUAGAGGGAAAGGAUGAGCGAGUAGAGGGAAAGGAUGAGCGAGUAGAGGGAAAGGAUGAGCGAGUAGAGGGAAAGGAUGAGCGAGUAGAGGGAAAGGAUGAGCGAGUAGAGGGAAAGGAUGAGCGAGUAGAGGGAAAGGAUGAGCGAGUAGAGGGAAAGGAUGAGCGAGUAGAGGGAAAGGAUGAGCGAAGGGAGAGGAUGAGAGAGAGAGAAGAGGGAGAGGAUGAGAGAGAGAAGAGGGAGAGGAUGAGAGAGAGAGAGAGAGAGAAGAGGGAGAGGAUGAGAGAGAGAGAGAAGAGGGAGAGGAUGAGAGAAAAGAGGGAGAGGAUGAGAGAAAAGAGGGAGAUGAUGAGAGAAAAGAGGGAAAGGAUGAGAGAGAAGAGGGAAAGGAUGAGAGAAAAGAGGGAAAGGAUGAGAGAAAAGAGGGAAAGGAUGAGAGAAAAGAGGGAAAGGAUGAGGGAGUAGAGGGAAAGGAUGAGGGAGUAGAGGGAAAGGGUGAGAGAGAGGAGAGAGAUGAGCGAGAUGAGAGAGGUGAGGGAAAGGAUGAGAGAGGUGAGGGAAAGGAUGAGAAAGGUGAAGGAAAGGAUGAGAGAGGUGAGGGAAAGGAUGAGAGAGAUGAGGGAAAGGAUGAGAGAGAUGAGGGAAAGGAUGAGCGAGUAG